AUGGCUAAAGAGCGUGGUGCCGGCAAGAUCAAGAUCACUAGAGUCGCCAUGCCUAAACCGCACGAUAAUCUGACUAACGAUUUCUACAUGAGGCCUCGGGAACGUUUUUGGUCGUGGGAAUUGAUGGGCGACAUUACCGUUGAGAUGGAUGGUCAUGCGUAUACGUAUGCGCUUCCUCUUGGCACUUUAAUCACCGACCUCAGCAAGUCAAUCGUCGAAACCCAGGGCUAUGUGUCUCUCAAGAGAGUGUUCUUGCCAACAACCGACUGCAAGGGCUCAAGCUUGGGCACUACACCAAAUCUGGUGAAAUGGUGCGAUCAUGCUAUCAACAACUUACAGCGGAAUGAUGCCCUUACCUACGGAACUGAGUGA